AUGCCUUCCCAAUACAAACUUACCUAUUUCGACCUGACUGGUCUUGGAGAACCAAUCCGGUUCCUUCUCCACUAUGGAGGAAUUAAUUUUGUAGACCAACGAAUCACCAAGGACCAGUGGCCCAACUUGAAACCAUCAACUCCUCUUGGCCAAUUACCAAUAUUAGAAGUAGACGGACGCGUUUUGUACCAGAGUGUAGCUGUAGCUAGAUACGUAGCUACUCAAGUGGGCUUAACCGGAAAAACUGAUUUGGAAAACUGGGAAAUUGACGCAGCAGUUGAUACUGUUGAAGAUUUCAGAGUCAAAAUUGCCGCUUGGUUUUUUGAAGCUAAUCCAGCAAAAAAGCAACAACUCAAACAAGCUUUAGACAAUGAAGUUUUACCGUUUUUGCUUACAAAAUUAGACACUUUUGCCAACAAUAAUGGAGGAUAUUUGGCUGCAAACAAGUUAACUUGGGCAGAUUUGUUUUUUGCCGCCAUCGUAGACUUUACCACGUACAUCUACGGAGCAGAUUUUAUCGCUAAAUACCCAAAUUUGGUCAGGGUGAGGAGCAACGUUACUUCUAUUCCCGCUAUUAGGGCUUGGAUUGCUAGACGUCCAAAGGACAAUUGGUAUUAA